AUGCUCACACAGUUCGCCGCCGUUCUUGGUGGCCUCUCGGUGGCAAACGCAGUCCUCACCUACAAAGGUGUAGACUGGUCGUCGAUCCUGGUUGAGGAACGCGCUGGCGUCUCAUACAAGAACGCGAACGGCAUCGCCCAGCCACUUGAGAGAAUCCUGGUUGAGAGCGGUGUCAACACCGUCCGGCAGCGCGUUUGGGUCAACCCCAGGGACGGCAACUACAAUCUCGACUACAACAUCGCGCUCGCCAAAAGAGCAAAAGCCGUCGGCCUGGGGUUGUAUAUCGACUUCCACUACAGCGACACGUGGGCGGAUCCCGCGCAUCAGACCAUUCCAUCCGGCUGGCCGACCGACAUUGACAACCUCUCUUGGAAGCUGUACAACUACACGCUUGAAGCUUCCAACCGGUUCCAGGCCGCGGGUGUCCAGCCGAAGAUCAUGUCCAUUGGAAACGAGAUCACGCCUGGCCUGCUGUGGCCCACCGGUCAAACGAACAACUGGGCGAAUAUUGCUCGGCUUCUGCGCUCUGCCGCCUGGGGCAUCAAAGACUCGAGGCUCAACCCGACGCCCAAAAUCAUGAUCCAUCUCGAUAAUGGCUGGAACUGGGACACCCAGAACUACUGGUACACAAACGUCCUUAAGCAGGGCACAUUUGAGCUGUCCGACUUUGACAUGAUGGGCGUCUCGUUCUACCCUUUUUACUCGGCCUCGGCCAGCCUGGACGCGCUCAGGACGAGCCUCAACAACAUGGCCAGGGGAUGGAACAAGGAGAUCGCCGUCGUCGAGACGAACUGGCCGACCUCGUGUCCCAACCCAAAGUACUCCUUUCCCCCAGACGUCAGAAACAUCCCCUUCUCUGCGGCCGGACAGACAAUCUACGUCACAAGCGUGGCCAGCGUCGUGUCCUCAGUGAGCCGCGGGGUCGGACUGUUCUACUGGGAGCCUGCAUGGAUCCAUAACGCCAACCUGGGCUCGUCGUGCGCCGACAACACCAUGUUUUCGCAGAACGGACAAGCGCUGUCGAGCCUCUCCGUUUUCCAGCGAAUAUGA